CCGCCACGAGGUAAACAGCUUUAGAAGUUCUCAUCGAUUGUCUUUGAAGCGAAUCCAUACAGAAGGCACAAUGAAGGCAGGUCUCUCCCUGCUGCCGUCCCUGGCAGCUGUCUGCUACAGCGCAGCUUUACCAAAGGACCUUAAUGGCAACGUCUUAGAGCGUGAUGCAGACGACUCCGCGCUCAUAGUUACCGUAAAUCCCUCAGCAUCAAAGGUCACGGCAACCACCACUAGAAAAGCUUCUGGGCCUACAAUCACAGCAUAUAAGACCCUCACAACUGCCAGGACAACUGUUAAAAUAACCGUCAAACCCAUCAGCACCUACAUCGAUGACAAUGGAGAUGACUCUGGCGACGGCUCUGGCGACGAUACCGACGACGACGUCGACACGAGCACGGAUGGCGGAUCUCGAGAUGAUUCGUACUUUGGCUUUGGUGGCUGUGACCAGCGCCAAAUCUUCGGACUGAAUCCUCUCACCACCAUAGAUUACUACAACCCAGAUGACCCUCAGCCAACUUCUUAUGGUGGAGACUGGGGAGAAUGGUCCGGAUGGGGAGAAGCAACGACUACCACCGAUGACUGGGGCGACGAUAUAGUCACUACAACUGUGCAUACAUCAUCUCGUCACCGCCACACCACAAUGGCGUAUCCCCCGCGCGUGACCUGGUGGAGCAAACCAGAUGCCGCCCCACAGUCGGACGACGAAUUCGACUUCACGUCGUUUGACACUGAAAUUGAGGAGCCAGAAGAAGUAGACAUUCUGAAAAUCGAGGAAACCGAUAACAAGAAAUGGAACGCCCUUCUACAAACCAAAUUCUCUGUCACGCUCGAUAUCGAUUACCCAAUUAAGCCAUUCGAUGGAGAGUCUUACAUCCCAACCGGGGCUCCAUCGAGGACAACCGACGGCGGCCCGUUUGGACCAUAUGGAAGCUGGUACCCGAUCGCAACAACUAGCCGCAAGUAUCCCUUCGCAUCGACCACUUACAAGUCCCCAGUUGCAACGACUACCCGCAGGUACCCAGGCGUCACAGCUACUCGCAAGUACCCUGGCAUAACAACUACCUACAGGUACCCCAUCGCAACACCUAGUCCCUUGAGGACCCUGAUGUCGAAGAUCCCGAUGUCGAAGAUCCGAACGAUGACAAUAAAACUGUGAACAAGCGCAACACUUCCCACCAAAUAACCUACGAAGGCGAUGAAAAUAGCGAGAGCGAUAGCGAGAUAGAUGUUCCUGAGGCCGAAUUCCCUGACGACGAGACCCCUGAUUUUGCGGUGGAAACCGACAAUAGGAAACGCCAAAUAAAUUACGAUAACUUACGAGGGCGAUGACAAUAGUGAAGACGAUAGCGAGGCUGACGUUCCUGAAGUCGAGGCCCCUGUCGAAGUCCCUGACCACAUUGAUUAUUACGAGGUGGAAACCGAUAACAAGAAACGCGUCCCAGUGCC